AUGAGGGCACAGAGCGACUCGUGGUUUACGGAAUACCUACUGCGCAUCGGUGGUGACACCGAGGAGGCCAAUGGUGAUGGCGACGUAUAUCUUCCUGAUAAUAUAUGCGUGCCGUAUACAAGGGAGGACACGGACCUUGAUAAACUGAUAGACAACUUUAAAAGGAAGCAGUUUCCUAUCAGGCUCAACUUCACCAUGACAGUCAAUAAGGCACAGGGGCAUACCAUCCCCAACGUCGGUAUUUACCUGCCCGAGCCGGUGUUCUCUCAUGGUCAGUUAUACGUUGCGCUAUCUAGAGCUACCGCCAGAGCGAACAUCAGGAUCCUCGCCGUCACAGCUGAUGCAAAAAAAAGAAAGAAGAAGUGCUCAAAGCAAAGUGAGACAUAUACGAUGAACAUCGUCUAUAAAGAGGUCCUUACGACAUAG